AUUGCGUAGAUCUGAUUUUUUUACAUUUCUUUUCUCAUUAGAAAAGGGCACGUUGACCACAACGUGUAACCAACUCACCGAACCGAUCGUCUCAACGGUGUCGUUUUCCUCCUCCGCUCCUGUCCUUCUAGAAAGCUAAACAUUUUCUCCGAUAAUGGUUUUUGGAGAGCUAAACACAAAACAAAAGAGACACGAAGAUGGCUGAUCGGUUCUUCGACAAUGUGAUGCCCGACUUCGUGAGGGAGACAGAAAGUGAAGCCGGAGGAGACUCGCUCACGAAUCUUCUUGCUAUGCCCUACUCUUCUCUCUCGCAGCUGCUCAAACGGUCCGCUUUGGAUCUUAAAGAAACCGUAGUGAUGGAAACUUGGGGUUUCAGUGGGCAGCUUGUUCAGGACUUCACUCUUUACUCGGGAGCCCUUGGAGCUGCGUUUCUACUCUUUAGAGCUUAUCAGGUGACUGGCAACGCCAACGACCUUUCCCUCUGCUUGCAAAUCGUCAAGGCUUGUGAUGCUGCUUCUGCCUCCUCAGGGGAUGUAACUUUUAUCUGUGGCCGAACCGGAGUUUUUGGUCUCGGCGCUGCUGCUGCCAAGCGUUCUGGUGACCAAGAGUUGCUCAAUUACUAUUUGGCACAGUUCCGUCAGAUUAGACUAUCUAGCGAGAUUCCUAACGAGUUGUUAUACGGAAGAGUUGGUUAUCUAUGGGCUUGUCUUUUCGUCAACAAAUAUGUUGGCGCAGAAACGUUGCCUUCAGCUACCAUUCGCCAAGUUGCUCAGGAGAUUAUCCAGCAAGGACGAUCCAUGGCUAAGAAUGGAAGCUCGCCGCUUAUGUUUGAAUGGUACGGCGAAAGGUACUUGGGUGCAGCACAUGGGCUUGCUGGUAUUAUGCACGUUUUGAUGCAUGUUCAGCUGAAGCCAGACGAGGCUGAGGAUGUGAAGGGAACCCUUAAGUAUAUGAUCAAGAGCCGGUUUCCAAGUGGAAAUUACGCUGCCAGUGAAGAGGAUAGGAGAAGAGACCUUCUUGUGCACUGGUGUCAUGGAGCUCCUGGGAUUGCCCUCACGCUUGUGAAGGCUGCUGAGGUUUUUAAAGAGAGAGAGUUUCUGGAAGCGGCUGCAGCUGCAGCAGAGGUGGUGUGGAACCGUGGAUUGCUCAAGCGGGUGGGGAUCUGUCAUGGAAUAAGUGGGAAUGCAUAUGUUUUUCUCUCCCUUUAUAGAGCUACGGGAAGGAGCGAGUAUCUGUACCGUGCAAAAGCCUUUGCCAGCUUCCUGCUUGAUAGAGCCCACAAGCUACUCUCAAAAGGAGAUAUGCACGGAGGUGAUAGUCCUUAUUCCUUGUUUGAAGGCGUUGGAGGCAUGGCCUGUCUCUUCCUCGACAUGGUCGACCCAUUUCAGGCCAGGUUCCCAGGUUACGAGCUUUAAGCUUUUUAGAUCGAUAAACAUCUUUGUAACUCGAAUCCCUCUCUCUAUUUAUAGAGUAGACACAAGGGCAGAGAGAGUUUGUUUAGUGCAAGCAAAAUGUUGUUGUUGUUAUUGUCGUUUGGUGGUGAAAUGGUUAUCGUUUAUUGUCUAAUGAAACUGUGCGGAGAUCUGUCUGUAAACUCUUUGACUAUAUGAAUGUUAGCACUUCGCACGAGUGUGAAAAA